AACGAGGGAAGAUCUUUGCAACCUACUCCUCAAGAUAUCAAUUCACGUUGACGUAGACCACUAGGAAAACAAGAUGGCAACAGCUAUGGCAAUGAAUCGAAUUCAGCAUCUCUCCGGGUCCAAUAACUUGGUCCCGGACUGGUUGAGCAAGGAAGUCAGCACUGGGACCACGAUCAUGGCGGUGGAGUUCGAUGGAGGGGUCGUUAUCGGUGCAGAUUCCCGAACAACCACUGGUGCCUACAUCGCGAACAGAGUAACUGAUAAACUGACCCCGAUCCAUGACCGCAUCUUCUGCUGCCGCUCUGGUUCAGCGGCUGACACACAGGCCAUAGCAGAUGUUGUCGCCUACCAGCUGGGCUUCCACAGUAUUGAACUGGAUGAGCCCCCACUGGUGCAGACCGCUGCCAAUCUGUUCAAGGAGAUGUGCUACCGGUACCGAGAAGAGCUGAUGGCCGGGAUCAUUGUGGCAGGCUGGGAUAAGAGGAGAGGUGGACAGGUUUACACAGUGCCCGUGGGAGGGAUGCUGGUGAGGCAGCCAGUGUCUGUGGGUGGCUCUGGCAGCACCUACGUCUAUGGAUACGUGGACUCAAACUACAAACCUGGCAUGAACAAGGAGGAGUGCCUGCGCUUCACUGCAGGAGCCCUUUCUCUGGCCAUGGAGAGGGAUGGCUCCAGUGGAGGAGUGGUGCGUCUGGCCGUGCUCUCUGAGGAGGGAGUGGAAAGACGGGUCAUUCUGGGGAACGAGCUGCCCAAAUUAUCCACCGCUUAAUCAGAAAAGCAAAGAAGUCCUGCCUUGUGCUCUGCUUUCUUCUGUGAUCUGAUCUUCCUGUGUAAACAUACUGAAAGACAAUUUCAUUGUUUUGUAAUGCUCUUUGAUGUAAAAAGAAAAAGAAACAAAACAAACCUUUUUUUUUGUCAAUAAAACCGUUUAAUACAAUGAUA